UAUAUACUGGAGGAAGCUCGGUGUGAAGUGUUCAGUGUUUGACAGAAUGUUUUCCGGGAAUUAUAUAUAAUCAGAUUGUGAACCAACACAAAAAUCAGUUCAACUGCGAUAUCGGUGUCUAGAGAUGAGAUUCAGUGUCAAUGUUAUUCAUUCGACUAUAACAUGCAUCUUCAUUAACCUUACGUGUGUAUUGAUAGAUGAUGUUGAAAGCCCUAGGCCACGUGAGAUGAAAAUGAAAAACACUGUUUAGAAAUAUUGUCAUCCGACUUCAUUAAAUGAAAUCACUAAUCUUUGUGAUAUUGUGUACACAUAGAUUACAGAUAUUAAUAUGUGAAGUUUUUGUAUUCGUUUAGUGAACAGUAUGUCAAAAAAAAAAACAAUGACGUAUAGUGGAGGUGUACUACUGACCUCUUUUUAAUGUUGUCCGUUUGCAAGCUAGUGGUGUACAUUUUUAUAGUAAACACAUUCUUAUCGAUAUUUUGUUUAUUUGUUUAUGCUGAAUCCAAUGGAGAAGACAGAAUGAAUACAACUGAAAACUAACAUGUGAACACAUGAGAAACAUACCGAAAAAUAUCAUUUCGCAACUACUCGAUGAUGUGCAAAUGAUGAAAACAAUUUAGUACCUACGGUUUACCUUAAUAUGGCAUGUCUUAAUUCGAGUACAUAAAUUAAAAUAAUAUGAAUCCCUUGAUAUACACACCUACAAUUACUAAAGAAAAAAAUGAGAUAAAAGCGACAACAGUGAACAAUAAGUGCGAAACAUUUUUUCGAAAACUAAUGCAUCGUUGAAAAUGGAGUGGACAUGGCUGAGAGAUUGGUGGCGAUUGAAGAAACUUCGACGAAAACAUCGACAGCCAAGAAAUGAUGACAUGGUUGAAUUCAGUGGUAGUAAAGAGUGUAUUGGUCAAAAUGGUUGCAAAUCGGAUGUCCAUGGAUAUGGAGAUGUUUCAAAUAAAACCGAACUGUACAGCGAAACGUUGGAUGAUGAUUCCAUCUGUUAUUGUGACGAAUGUAUGAAUGGAGAUCUUGAAUCAACCGAUGGACUUGAUUCGGACGAUUCAUCCGCCUGCGGCAAGCAGGUGGUCGUGGCGGUGUGUGCGAUGGCGAAAAAAUCUCAAUCCAAACCAAUGAAAGAGAUCCUAACUCGUCUACAGGAGUUUGAAUUUAUUCGCAUGAUCGUUUUUAGCGAAGAGACCAUCCUUAAAGAGCCGGUUGAAAAUUGGCCCAUCUGUGAUUGUUUGAUUUCUUUUCAUUCGAAAGGAUUUCCAUUGGAGAAGGCAAUACAAUACGCACAGUUACGUCAACCGUAUGUCAUCAAUAAUUUACAUAUGCAGUUUGAUAUACAGGUAGACCGAAGGCGGGUAUAUUCUAUACUAGAAAAAGAAGGAAUUGAGAUCCCUAGGUACGCCGUCCUUGACAGAGAUUCACCGGAUCCGAAACAACACGAACUUGUAGAAUCAGAAGAUCAUGUAGAGGUAAAUGGAGUCGUAUUCAACAAACCGUUUGUGGAAAAGCCAGUUUCUGCGGAAGACCACAAUAUUUACAUAUAUUAUCCUACUUCAGCCGGUGGGGGUAGUCAACGAUUGUUUCGAAAGAUUGGUAGCCGGAGUAGUGUAUACUCACCAGAAUCCCGAGUUCGCAAGACGGGUUCGUUCAUCUAUGAAGAUUUCAUGCCGACGGAUGGCACCGAUGUAAAAGUGUACACCGUCGGGCCCGAUUAUGCACAUGCUGAGGCAAGAAAAAGUCCAGCACUUGAUGGUAAAGUCGAACGAGAUAGUGAUGGCAAGGAGAUUCGCUAUCCGGUUAUAUUGAAUAAUGCAGAAAAGUUGAUUUCACGCAAGGUCUGCCUCGCUUUCAAACAAACUGUUUGUGGAUUUGAUUUAUUACGGGCCAACGGUAAAUCGUUUGUAUGUGAUGUGAACGGAUUUAGUUUUGUUAAGAAUUCUAAUAAAUACUAUGAUGAUUGUGCAAGAAUAAUGGGAAACAUGAUAUUGCGAGAACUGGCGCCAACCUUGCAUAUACCAUGGUCUGUUCCCUUCCAACUUGAUGAUCCACCGAUCGUACCUACCACAUUUGGAAAAAUGAUGGAACUUCGAUGCGUUACUGCUGUCAUACGACAUGGAGAUCGGACUCCAAAGCAAAAAAUGAAAGUUGAAGUAAGGCAUCCGAAGUUUUUUGAAAUAUUUGAAAAAUACGAUGGCUACAAAUAUGGUCACAUAAAACUAAAAAGACCCAAGCAACUACAAGAAAUUUUGGAUAUAGCUCGUUCGCUGCUUGCAGAAAUACAGACUAAAGCAGCAGACUCAGAAAUUGAAGAAAAGCAAAGCAAACUGGAGCAAUUGAAAAGUGUAUUGGAAAUGUACGGUCACUUUUCCGGAAUCAAUCGUAAAGUUCAAAUGAAAUAUCAGCCCAAAGGUCGUCCACGAGGAUCGAGCUCUGAUGAUGGUAAACAAAAUUCUAUAGAUGCUCCGAAGGAACCUUCUCUGGUUCUUAUAUUGAAAUGGGGUGGAGAAUUGACCCCAGCCGGACGGAUUCAAGCAGAAGAACUGGGGCGAAUAUUCCGCUGUAUGUAUCCAGGCGGUCAAAGUAGAGAUGGAAAAGAAGGUCUUGGUGCUCAAGGAUUGGGACUAUUGAGGCUACAUUCAACGUUUCGUCACGAUUUAAAAAUCUAUGCGUCAGACGAAGGACGGGUUCAAAUGACAGCAGCAGCAUUUGCCAAAGGGUUGCUGGCUCUAGAAGGAGAGCUUACUCCUAUACUUGUGCAGAUGGUGAAGAGUGCAAAUACAAAUGGAUUGCUGGACAAUGAUUGCGAUUCGAGUAAAUUCCAGAAUAUGGCUAAAUCAAGACUACAUGAGCUGAUGCAAAUCGAUCGUGAGUUUACGAUUGAAGAUCGCAUUGCUAUAAAUCCAGGCAAUGCAAUUAGUAUCAAUCUUGCAAUGGAUUUCGUUAAAAAUCCUGUGAAAUGUUGUACGCAUGUUCAUUCGCUUAUACAAUCAUUACUAAACGUGGUAGCUGUAAAAAGAGAUGAUCCCAAAACUAGAGAAGCGGUGCUGUACCAUGGUGAAACGUGGGAAUUGAUGGGUCGUCGAUGGGGAAAAAUCGAAAAAGAUUUUUGCACGAAAAGUAAAAAUUACGAUAUAUCAAAAAUUCCGGACAUAUACGAUUGCAUCAAGUAUGACCUACAGCAUAACCAGCAUACGCUCCAGUUCGAUUUAGCUGAAGAAUUGUACAUAUAUGCCAAGUAUUUGGCAGACAUUGUGAUACCCCAGGAAUAUGGAUUAACUGUACAAGAAAAGUUAACUAUCGGCCAGGGCAUUUGUACACCAUUACUGAAAAAAAUCCGUGCUGAUUUACAGCGUAAUAUAGAAGAAGCAGGCAAUGAAAGUGUCAACCGAUUGAAUCCUCGCUAUAGUCAUGGUGUAUCAAGCCCAGGAAGACAUGUUAGAACAAGACUUUAUUUUACCAGUGAAAGUCAUGUUCAUUCGCUUUUGACGGUACUACGUCAUGGUGGACUUUUAAAUAUAUUAACUGAUGAGCAAUGGCGCCGAGCUAUGGAAUAUGUAUCAAUGGUAUCGGAGCUAAACUACAUGUCUCAAAUUGUGAUAAUGUUAUACGAAGAUCCUACGAAAGAUCCUUGCUCGGAAGAACGGUUUCAUGUUGAGUUGCACUUCAGUCCAGGUGUCAAUUGUUGUGUGCAAAAAAAUUUACCCCCAGGACCAGGAUUCAGACCACACAGUCGUAAUGAUUCCGUAACUUCAAAAAAUGCGAGUGGGGAUGAGGAAAGCACAUCGCGUAUCGACGAAGAAAAUGAUACCGAGGACGAAAAUUCUCAUGAGUCAAGUCAAACGCUUCCCAAAGAUAAUUUCUUUACAGAUGUCGUGAGGAACAAAGACAAAAAAAUACGCAAACUAAAAUCUUCAGAUCCUAUUCCUAUUGGUUCGUGUCACACAGUAUCAGGGCACGAGGCAAUGGAUUUAGCUAAGCGAUUGAGUGAAGAAUUAGCGGCACAGCAACAAAGUUCUGGUCAACGGCCACUUGAUUCAGAUGAGCCGCGUGCUGCUCGCUCAUUCGAGCAUGGAAAGCUUGGACGCAUAAAAGAUGGAACGCUAUCUGUUAUGCUACAAAUUAAUCCAUAUAAUGAGUCGUCCGAAACACAAAUGCCUCUCUCUUCUAUACAUUUUUCUCAACUUCCUAAAUAUGCUGAAAACUGUAGUUUUCUCAUUAGCACCCAGAUAUCUUCCACAAGUAGCAAAGACCAAUUUCUCAUUGAAACGACAGACAAUAAUGAAGAAAGUUUAUCGCCUCAGUGUUUGUUCAUGCGAGAGUCUAAUUCUUGUGACUCUAUCAAUGAAUUUACGUCAAAUUUGGCAGAGCAAGAACUCUAUGUUUCAUCCUUUUCUGAUACGAAUUCGGAGACAUCUCGAUAUUACAGUACCUGUCAUGAUAUAAACACUUUUCACUACAAAUAUCCAUUAAGCAACAGAGCUCGCUCUUACACUUUUUCGAAUGAUCCAGAAAAGGAUAAUUCACUUACACCGUUUAGUGAAUACAGUUUCAAACCAACGUUAUGUUUAUCUCUUCCACUUCUCAGUAGAAGCUUCGACAAUUUGGAAUAUUUGACAGAUGUCGAUACGUCAAGUAUUCUUCCGAAUGAUUCCAGUGCUACUCUGUUAUUUCAUCUCAAAUCUUUAGAUAGCAGUCCUAGUCCCUUACCACAAUCUCAAAUUCUUACUGACAAUUGCAACGUAGGACCAAUACUAAAACUCACCGCUGAUUUUGGAAAUACUAGCGAUUUCGGAUUAACAAAAUUGACUAAUAAUACCGGGGAAUCUAUCACAUUCAUUACCCUAACAACUCCACCGCCGGAUGAAAGUGCUACUGAUUCAGACAGGGGUUUUGAAGCCUUAUUGGAUAAGAUUGUUUCUCCUAAAUCCUCUAGUACUUUCAACAUGGUUAAUACUUAUAGUGAAACUCAAACUCUUACCGCUGUUGAUUCAGCUAUAACUAACAGCAGUAACCUCCCACCUAACUGUAAACCUCACUGUUUGAAAUUCGUCAAAUCGUGUACGACAGAUAGCGGUAUAAAUCCAUCCAGUAGCGGAAAUGUUGCCGUUGGUGGUGGACAUAGCUGCGUAGUUUCGUCCUCUCACUCGUCUUCUGGUGGCACAGCUGUAAGACGUCAACGACACAGCAUUGCCGGCCAAAUGAGCUACUUUAAAAUGCUAGGUGGCUUUGGUAAAAAGAUGGCUACCAGCACCAAUAGUUUGUUCAGCACCGCAGUAAUCAGUGGAAGUUCAUCAGCUCCAAAUCUUCGCGACAUGAUACCCAGUACGGCGUCGCCCUCAGCAAUUGAAGGAUUUGGAGGUGUUCCACCAAUUCGUCCGUUGGAAACACUCCAUAAUGCACUCUCAUUACGACAAUUGGAUCACUUCUUGGAGAAAAUGACUAUCGGGCCGCUAUUCAAGACUCCAGCAUCAUCUCCACCAAAAUAUCCCUCGACUCCGCUACCAACACCGUCACCGAGUCCAGCAAUUUCUGAUCGACCAGUGUUGCCUCAGGCGAAUUGGAGUGGCCAAUCAAGCAUGAAUAGUAGCAUCAGCGCCAUUUCCAGCGGGGGACCGUCAUCUCCAAACUAUAGCGACUUAUUUUCUCGUGGUUGUCCAAGUAGUGACAUGUCGGCUAGUAUUACAAGCACAGAGGGAAGCACCGCGUUAGCUACCGGAGGAGGCAAUAGAGAUCAUUUUCCGCGAAUAUAUCAGAACAUUGAUGAUGAUUUGAACGUAUUGGGGGCGCAUUUCAACUAUGAUCAGUUAGCUGUUAGUAAUAGCAUGGAUAGUCCAGCUAAAAUACCUCCCAUCAGCAAAGAAGCUACUCUCGAUAUAAGCGGAGAUUUGACUCCAAUCAGCACAUGUUCCGACUGGGAAUUUAACACCAAUGAAGCCACAAGGGGUUCCACGAAUACCAACUUUGAUUUGACCACUGAAGAAGAUGACGAAGAUGCUACUAUUUCAACGGACACUUGCUUGAGUACUGCAGACUUACCGGUAACCAGCACGAGUGACGAUUUAGACUCAACAGCCAAUCUGAACCUAGCUUUAGGACCAAUCAAUGGCGGAAAACAACUUCAGAAGGAGUUUUUGUGUGAUAUGAAAAACGUUCGACAUGAGUUUAGUAACUCGCGUAGUGAUAUUCCACCUUCUCCGUCAUCAGCACCUCUAAUUAGUACAGUGGAAUCCUUUUCUGGAGAACCCACGCCAAAGAUAGAAAAUAAACAUCGUAGUAAUCGAAUUCAGAAACAAAUAAGUUUGUAUGAGAAAGAUACUCAUACCGAAGCAAAAAAUUUAUCCCAUGAAACACAUAAGUUUACUGACCGAAAUUCGGAAAUGUUGAGACCCACUUGUACUUAUGCCCAUCAACCCAAUCAAAUGCGUAUGUCGUUCGAUGAGUUGCAGAAAUAUAUUCCAAAUAUAGAAAGAAAUUUAGCUAGCCAGUUUGAACUCGAACAAGAAAAAUGUUCAAAGACUAAUAAAUGUAUGACGGCUCGUUUUAAUAAUGUUUCCUCUCCAGGGGCAUUAGUGAUACGAGAAAGCUUUAUUGAACCUCCACGCAUCACACGGGUAACCAAGAGUUUUCAUGGCAAAACUGAUUAUCCCCAGCUGCAAGUUAAUGAUACUGCAAGAAGAUCCAGUGAUAUUGUAAGACCAUCGUCCUCAAUAUCAGUUCUUCCGUCUUCGACAGCGCCACAACCAUGCGUUACCGAUAUUGCGAAUAAGUAUACCAAGAAUAAAGUGAGACAAGAUAACAAUUCUGUACCUAGUGGAACAACUAAUCGGAUUGGAGCAGGUAGAUUUACAACGUCAAUUGUACAAGAAGCAACAGCGAAUUUAAUUCAAAGUGAAACAAACGCUGCUCUGCUAGAUGAAGAGACAAACGGUACAGGUUCAAGUGGUGCUAAGAAGUGAAAAAUUAAGGAUAAGUGUAAUAUUGUACCAUAGAUGUACCAUCAACGCUUAAAGUGUUAUGCAUUUGUUAAAUUAGGAAUGCAAUAUUUCAAAUAUACUAUUCCAUUUCACAAGUCUACAUAAA